AUGGACUGCAGCCUACCAGGCUCCAGUGGUUUUGCUGGUCACUUAGUGAAGCCUUUUGCUGACACCUUGAAACAGGUGAACAUCUCCAAAACAGAUGAAGUGUUUUUUGACUCUGAAAAUGAUCCUGAAAAGUGCUGCUUGCCACUCCAGUUUAUUCUGAAUUGUUUAUACAAAAUCUUUCUUUGUGACACCCAGCAUUUUCUAAGUAAAGAGAGAGCGGAAGCCUUGAUGAUGCCCCUGGUGGAUCAGCUGGAAAACGGGCUUGGAGGCGAAGAGAAGUUCCAAGAACAGGUGACAAAGCACCUGAUACCAUGCCUUGCACAGUUCUCAGUGGCCAUGGCAGAGGACUUACUUUGGAAACCACUCAACUACCAGAUUCUGCUGAAGACAAGGAACUCCUCACCCAAGGUUCGAUUUGCUGCUCUGAUAACCGUGUUAGCACUGGCUGAAAAACUAAGCAAGAAUUAUAUCGUCUUGUUACCAGAAUCCAUUCUGUUCUUAGCUGAAUUAAUGGAAGAAGAAUGUGAAGAGGUACAGCACCAGUGCCAGAAGACCAUCCAGCAAUUGGAAACCAUGCUGGGAGAGCCUCUCCAGAGCUACUUCUGA